AUGCGAACUCCAACUGGUUAUAUAGUCAACGAUAUCAUGCGUGGUGCGUUCCCUCAAGGCACACGGGGUGUUCUGUGGGUUCUUUAUGAAAGAGGCCUGGACGCUCACAUGAGCACGGAUUCAUGUUUCACAAUUGUCAAACCGUGGGCUAGGGAUCUCAAAGGACGCGGAAGCUUGGAAGAUAUGAAAACAGAGAAAGGCGCCAUAGACCAGUGGUAA